AUGGAGCCGCCAUUUCCGCCGGAUGUGGCACCUUUCACGCCCAUUUGGGGCCAGGAAAACCCAUCACCAAUGGUGCACUAUCCGGAGUUAAUGGCGGGAUUCCCUUGUGCUGAUUUAGCAAUCUGGCCCCGGCAGCAGGUGGGCAGUUUCGUCAGCCAACGGUUAUCGCCACGUGGCGCACAACCAGCACCAAGCAGCGCAGCGGCAAAGAAAGCGCGCCGCCGGGUUGCCUCGAUGGCACAGCGCCGAGCGGCCAACAUCCGCGAACGACGACGGAUGUUCAACCUCAACGAAGCGUUCGAUAAGCUACGCCGCAAGGUUCCGACGUUCGCGUACGAGAAACGACUAUCGCGUAUCGAAACACUGCGUCUAGCGAUCACAUACAUCGGUUUCAUGUCCGAGCUGCUGGCAGGAACUCCGACCCACGAUGGCCGAUCGCCGGAACUAUACCCUGGAGUGCUAGCGGCAGCCGCACACCACGCGCCCCAUCAUCAUCAUCACCAUCAUCACCAUCAGCACAACAACCAUUCUUCACAACAUCAGCCGCAGCAUCCCUCCGCACACCAGCACCACCAUGCGCAUCUACAGCACCACCAACAGCAACAGCAGCAGCAACAUCACAGCCUUCAUGGAUCGACAGCGCCACCGCCACCGUCGGCUGCUGGAGCGACAACAGGACAUCACAUGCACCACCCGUCGCUACAGCGAGCGGCCGUAGCCGCGGCAGCCGUCGCCGCCGUCACUGCGGCUUCCGGUGCUGGCACCAACGGGACCGACUACCAUCCGGCGUACGGAACCGGUGCCACACCACACCACGUGGGUUGA